UUUUCUAAUAUGUGGAGACUUUUAUUUUGAUGUUUGUCGUGGGCGCCGCCAUUUUGUAGGUUUUGACGAGUUGCACGGAGAGAGCGAGAGAGCGGAGAAGAGCAGCGGUGAGCUGAAAUUGAAUGUUGAUCUCGGGUAGUCAAUCGCGGGAAAAAGUCCCGUUUAGACUCGCGACAUAUAUAAGAGCUGCAUGACGUUGCUUCUGAGUCUUCGUGUAUAUGAACAAGUUUAACGAAGUAAGCGUUAAAAUGAGUUUUCUGCCGUGUUCAUGCAUGAAGCUGGACAAAAGGCCUGUUAGUUUCAUUAAGUCUCAGUCACGUAGGAGUUAAACAGUCUUGUGUUUUCUUUGCUUCAAACAGUUUUUGUUUCAUUUGUUCAAACGAACUUGAAACAUUGAGUGCUGUUACUGAUCGUGUGAAUUAAAAGGUUCGCUGAGUCAUCGGAUAGGGUCGUGCGUUGUUUGUCUUCUCAUUGUGCCUCCAUCAGCUGGGAUUGCGGCCUCGUUGAAUCAAGCUGCCGUCGUCAGGAUCGCGAGGACAAUCGCUGAGGGUUAGUGAGUGAAGAAACAGUACCCUGCCAUCCAUUGGACAUCUUUCAGCACCUCAUUCAUGAACCAAGAGUGGUGAUUAAAAAUAUUUUCCUCUUUUCCUUCUGAAAACUGGUAAGCAAACUGCCAUUUUCUGUAAGUGAGUCAUCUGAACUGUGAAAUCAUACAGAUAUUUUGAUGGAACUGUGAUCAGUGAAUUUUCCUGCGAAGGGAUUCAUAGUCUUUCUUUUGUGUACAUAACUGAACUUUUUGGGACUGUGAACUCCAUAUAUGGAUAGAUUAUAACUUUUCACCUUUCAUUUCCUGGAUUUUUGAAUUGGAUCUUGGAUUUUUGAGCCGGAUUGAAGUGAACUUCAAAGUGUACUUUGUUUGAAAGGUUGAGUUAACUGUGAAACGUUUUGUUUAAGGUUACUUACAAUAAGUGACACUGAUUCUUACUUUCCUCAGAUUGAACUGUAACUGACACAAAUCUGUUGAUUUUUCAUCUCUAUUAUUUUCAACAUUUAUUUCACUUUGAUUUGUCUACACUUGAAAUUGUUUUGUAAACUUUGUGAAAACAAGGAAAACGUAAUCAUUUAAAAUCUUGCAGUACAAAUAAAUGUAAAAUUUGUUUGUUAACUGAAAACUGUUUAUGCUAAUUUUGAGUCACUUAUACUAAGGAGUGGGGGCGUCUUACCUAUCCUGUUAGAUUCAGGGGAGGGCGGGUUUUGCAGUUAACUUGGUUUACCUCCUGAGUUUUCUACAUACACACACUUCAGGUGGCUGCCGUGUAUUGAGUAAAUCCUGAAGCCCACCUCGCUGAUUCUUGAGCAUUACACAUUGCAACACGAUAGACACAACAUACAACUAGUCUAACAGUUGUACAAAGACUAAAAGCAUUGGGUGGGGGGACUAGGAUCCUGUUGCUCACUCAGUCAUCCUUAGUAUAGUGCUGAAUAUUUCCCCCCACAAGGCGGUGGCAUAUUCCCCUCCGCCACAUAUUGGCGUCACGAACAGGAUCAAUUCCUGGUUCCUGAUUCAGUGUAAGUUCAUGGUCCUAGAGCCGACACUAUGGCUGAACUGGACGAGUUAAAGAAACAGUUUGAAGAGAUGCAAAGGCGUUUCGGUGAGCAGACAUGCAUGUUAGAGCAAGCCAGAGCCGAACAGAGAGAGGCGCUUUCCCUCGCUAAAACUGUUAUUGAACAACAGGCUGCCGCUCAGAGAGCACCAUCUACUGUUUACAUCCCUAGGGAUCGUAAGCUUCCAGAGUUCACCGGAUGUCGUUCCAAGCCUGGUGAGUUGAGUAUAGAAGAAUGGAUAAGUUCAAUGAAGUCCGCCUUCAAGGUGAUGAAAAUUCCUGAAGAAGACAGAAUUGAGUUUGUUAAGCAGUAUUUAAAAGAUGAGGCUAAGAUGACAGUCAAGAUCACACUCAACGGAAAGGAGAAGUCAGUGGAUGAGAUUUUCGAUGCUUUGGAUCAGACUUAUGGGGACAAACUUCCCAUUGGCAGCAGACUGAAAGAGUUUUAUGACCGCAAACAAAUGCCUGGAGAAACAAUCCGUUCUUAUGCUUAUGACUUGCAGGAGAAGCUAAGUAUCAUCCAGAGUCGAGAGCCGUCUAGAGUUCCUGAUGCUGAUGGAGUUUUGAAGGAACAGCUUGUGUUGGGCCUGAAAGACGAUUCGCUACGGCGUGAAAUGAAGAGGAGAGUUAAAACUGAGAAGGACCUGACAUUCAUCCAGCUUAUGCAGGAAGCUAUUACUUGGUCUGAAGAAGAGGAGGUGCAGGUUCCAAGCAAUCCGAGAACGAGUACUCGUCCACGUGGUGUCGUUCAUGCUACCACUGCAACAGAGAGCUCUUCAGCCCCUCUCACCCUGGAGUCACUCCAUGAAGCCAUUCAACAGAUAGCUGCCCGACAAGAAGAACUGUUUCAGAUGGUAAACAGCAAAGAAAAAUUGAAACCUGCAGUGAAGGAAAACAAGGCAAAAAGUGCACCUUUGAAAGAUAGUGAAGGAAGGUACAUCUGUUAUACGUGUGGUAAGCCAGGACACACAAGCCGACGUUGUCUUCAGAGCAGAGAAAACUCUAGUAGAGUGCAACCUAACACAGCAGAGAUAGAAAAGACAGCUGACAGAGACACUUCAGUGCUAGAGAGUCCAGGUCCAUCUGUUAUAAGAAGUCAUACUGCAGACUGUGAUACAGAGAACGUUUCCAAGUCACUUUGUGAAAGUGCUUUUGGUGAUUGUAUAACCAUUGAGGUGAAAAUUGCGGGAAUCAGAACAAUCUGUCUCUUGGACACAGGGUCAGAAGUGACUACUAUCACCGAGUCACAUUUUAAGAAUCACUUUGGAGAAGUUGUUCUGUCGUCUGCCAACUGGGUCCGACUUACAGCAGCAAAUGGCCUAGACAUUCCCAUCAUUGGAUGUCUGGAAGCAGACAUAGAGUGUUUUGGGAAGACGUUGCAUGAAAAGUGCGUGUUUGUGAUCAAAGAGAGCGAUUCUAAUGGGACAGAAUUGAAAGGAUUGCCUGGCAUUAUUGGGAUGAAUGUGUUGAGUGAAGUUAAUGAUCUAUUCAUGACUACUAAAGACAUGAAGAAGAUGGACAGGUAUAGCCAUGGUUUUAGGGAGGCAAAAGUCCAGCGAGUUUUAGCUAACAUAAAGAUGCAGACUGAGGCACUGAGUUGUGGUGACAAGAUUGGCUUUGUGAAGGUUGCUGGGAAGCAAUCAGUAACUAUUCCACCAUUCAGUGAACGUGUUUUAGAAGGCCGCUGCAGGAUACCACCAAAAGUGAGCUGUCAAGUGUUGGUUGAGGCCUCGUCAAAUGUCAGUUUGCCUAAGAGUGUUCUGAUUGCUAAUGUGCUUGCUAAGACUGCCGAUGGUAAAGUUCCAGUCAGAGUGUUAAAUUCUAGUGAAAAGCCUGUAAAGCUCCCACCACGAUGUAGGAUCGCAGCACUGUCCAAGCCCCAGGAAGUUCUGCCAAGGGUGCUCGUCGAGUUUGAGGAAAAAGAGAAUGCUUUGCAUGUUAAAGCUGUGCAGCAACAUAAGGUGAAGGCAGAGAUAAGCACUUCAGAACAGCUGCCAGUUCCAGUGCAAAUUAAUCUAGAGAACCUCACAGAAACACAACGUUGCAAACUCCAAAACUUACUGGCUAAGCACAGUGAUGUGUUUUCAAAGAACGAUUGUGACUUCGGUUAUACAACUGCUGUCACACAUAGUGUCCCAACAGGAGAUGCUCCUCCCAUUAAGCAAAGACAUCGCAGAAUCCCACCUCAGGUUUUUCAGGAAGUGAAAAAACAUGUUCAAGAUUUAGUAUCUCAAGGUAUUCUCAGAGAAAGCUGUAGCCCAUGGGCAUCUCCAGCUGUGAUUGUGAUCAAGAAGGAUGGCAGCGUACGCUUUUGCUGUGAUUACAGAAGGUUGAAUAAAGUGACCUGCAAAGAUGCUUAUCCUCUCCCUCGUGUGGAGGAAUCGUUGGAUGCCUUGGGAAAUGCACAGCUGUUCUCCACACUUGAUCUUACCUCCGGGUAUUUCCAAGUAGCGAUGAGUGAGGAGGAUAGAACAAAGACGGCGGUCACCACUCCCUUUGGACUGUUUGAAUGGACCAGGAUGCCAUUUGGACUUUGCAAUGCACCUGCAACAUUCCAGCGUCUGAUGGGGGUGGUGCUCGGUGAUCUAACGUUUGACAUACUGCUCAUCUACCUUGAUGACAUCAUUGUUUUUUCGAAAGACUUCGAAACCCAUUGUCAAAGACUGGAAAUAGUAUUCAAUCGAUUGAGACAGCAUGGUUUGAAACUGAAACCCAGCAAGUGUUUCCUUUUGAAACCCGAAGUGAAAUUCUUGGGUCACCUUAUUUCUUCCCAGGGAAUAAAGGUGGAUGGAGAGAAAACUCAGGUUUUGGAAUCCUGGCCUGCACCCACGAAUGUCAGAGAGUUAAGACAGAUCCUUGGAUUCAUGAGUUACUACAGGAGGUUUGUUCCUGGUUUUGCUCAGUUAGCCCGGCCCCUUCAUGCCCUGGUUGGUAAAGGAGGGAAAGAGAAAAUCAUUGAACCCCUUAACUGGACAACAGAAUGUCAAACUGCAUUUGACAAACUCAAGCAGUGUUUAAUGUCUCCGCCAGUUCUCGCGUACCCAGAUUUCAGUCAGUCUUUUGUACUCACAACUGAUGGAAGCCUGCAUGGUCUUGGAGCUGUGUUAAGUCAACGACAAGGAGGGGUUGAGCGUGUGAUUGCGUAUGCAAGUCGGGGUCUUCGUGGAUCAGAAAAGAAUGAUAGAAAUUACAGUGCUUUCAAGCUAGAGCUACUUGCCUUGAAAUGGGCUGUAACUGAAAAGUUCAAAGAAUACCUGAUCUACUCCAAGUUCUCUGUGAUAACUGAUCACAACCCUUUGCGCUACUUGGCGACCGCUAAUUUAGGAGCUGUUGAACAACGGUGGAUAGCUCAGUUGUCAGAAUUUGAUUUUGAAGUCUACUACAAACCAGGACGGCAAAACACAAAUGCCGAUGUGUUAUCACGGAUUCCAUCCAGUGAGGAGCCUGAGCAAGAGGACUCUGCUAAAGACUUCAUUAGGAUGAAUUCAGAUGAAGUGCGUGCAUGUUUAUGGCCAGUUGCCAACAAGCAUCAGAUAGUACAAGCAUCGGUUCAGGUAUCAGUGACAAGGAAAGUCCCCGGAUAUAGCUGGAGUGAUAUAGAAGAGCAACAAAAGAUCGACCCUCAUAUAGCUCCUAUAUACCGUGCUGUACUAACCAACAAGAACUUGAGUCCAGUUGAGCAACGCAAUAUGGAUGUUGAGUUAAAAAAGCUUUCUAGACAAUUCACACGACUCAAGCUUAAAAAAGGAGUGAUGUUCCGUUCCAUCUUUGAUCCCCGGGACGGAGAAGAAAUUUGUCAAUUAGUGGUUCCAGAACCCUUGCGUUACAAAGUGUACGAGAGUCAGCAUGAUCAUUGUGGCCAUUUUGGAGAAAGAAGCACGCUGGAGCGCAUGAGGCGGAGCUAUUACUGGCCGACAAUGAGUAAGGAUAUUCAAAACUGGAUUCAGGAAUGCAAGAGAUGUGCCCUUGCUAAAGACGUUUUUCCUAAAAUACGAGCCCCAAUGACAUGUACUAAUGUAUCUGCCCCGCUGGAAGUCCUUGCUAUGGAUUAUACAGUCUUGGAGGAAUCUUUGGGAGGAUAUGAAAAUGUCCUCGUCCUAACUGACAUGUUUACUCGUUUCACGGUAGCCAACCAGAAAUCAGACCGCUCAUACCACUGCAAAAGCCCUUGUGCAGCAUUGGUUUGUCCACUACGGCUGUCCUGCACGACUACAUUCCGACCAAGGUCGAUGUUUUGAAGCGAAUGUCAUCAAAGAACUGUGUAAAGUCUAUGGAAUCGGAAAGAGUCGCACCACUCCGUAUCAUCCACAGGGUAACUCCCAGUGCGAAAGAUUUAAUAGAACCAUGCAUGAUAUGCUAAGGAUGUUACCCCCGGAAAAGAAAAGGAAUUGGAAACAGUAUCUGCCCGAGUUGGCGAUGGCAUACAAUAGCCGAAUCCACACUUCAACUGGCUAUUCGCCAUUCUAUUUAAUGUUUGGGAGGGAUGCCAGAAUGCCGAUGGAUAUCCUGAAUGGGAGAGACUUGGAGGACAGUAGAGCUGACAAUCUUGAUGAUUGGGUGAAAAACCAUCAUGAUAGAUUAAAGACCGCUGUUGAAGUAGCCAACUCAGCAGCACAGGAAGCUUCAAGGCGAAGAAAAAGAGCUUAUGAUCGGAAAUCGCAUGCCGCACUUAUGAGACCUGGUGACCGUGUUCUGUUACGGAAUCAUUCACAUAGGGGAAGGAAUAAGAUACAAGACCAUUGGGAACCCUUGCCUUACACUGUAGUGAAACAGAAUCACGCAGACACUCCAGUUUACACCAUUCGCCCAGAGAAAGGGGGCCCAUGUAAAGUUGUACAUAGGGAUCAACUCAAGCCUUGCACUUUUCAGUCAUCACUACCACCUUGCACAUCUAGACGUGAAUCUAGAGCACACAUAGGUCAGGCACACACUGAUUCAGAAGAUUCUGAUGUUCUUCCAGUCCCUGUUGUUACAUUUGCACCCGCUACACUCACAGACACACAAGGUAGAAGGGCAGGUGGGGAUGAAUCAGAGAUAGGUAUCAGGGACCAUGUCGAUGAAAUGUCAGCUGAUGAUUCAGUAGAACAGUCUGUACUUGAGUCUAUGAGUUCAGGUGGCUCCGAAGCUGAAAGUGAAAAUGAAAGUAUUACUGAACCUAGACGUUCACAGCGUUUGAACAGAGGUACUUUACCCGUUAGGUAUAGGACUGACUAUGUCUUGAAAUAAGCUUAUGUCAACCUGAAGGUUUGUAUGUUUCUUUUAAUAUGAAGGUUUUUCAAUCUUGCUAAUUGAAAGUGUUUAAUUGCUGUACUUGAUGUUUUCUUGUGUGGAAAGAAUAUUUACCUGCUAUUCUCUGUCAUUUAUUUUUCAGGACUGAGUUGCUGAAUGGAAGUCCGGUGGCAUGGCAGGGUUUAGCAGGGGGGAAUGUAGGGGAUUUACAUUUUUCUAAUAUGUGGAGACUUUUAUUUUGAUGUUUGUCGUGGGCGCCGCCAUUUUGUAGGUUUUGACGAGUUGCACGGAGAGAGCGAGAGAGCGGAGAAGAGCAGCGGUGAGCUGAAAUUGAAUGUUGAUCUCGGGUAGUCAAUCGCGGGAAAAAGUCCCGUUUAGACUCGCGACAUAUAUAAGAGCUGCAUGACGUUGCUUCUGAGUCUUCGUGUAUAUGAACAAGUUUAACGAAGUAAGCGUUAAAAUGAGUUUUCUGCCGUGUUCAUGCAUGAAGCUGGACAAAAGGCCUGUUAGUUUCAUUAAGUCUCAGUCACGUAGGAGUUAAACAGUCUUGUGUUUUCUUUGCUUCAAACAGUUUUUGUUUCAUUUGUUCAAACGAACUUGAAACAUUGAGUGCUGUUACUGAUCGUGUGAAUUAAAAGGUUCGCUGAGUCAUCGGAUAGGGUCGUGCGUUGUUUGUCUUCUCAUUGUGCCUCCAUCAGCUGGGAUUGCGGCCUCGUUGAAUCAAGCUGCCGUCGUCAGGAUCGCGAGGACAAUCGCUGAGGGUUAGUGAGUGAAGAAACAGUACCCUGCCAUCCAUUGGACAUCUUUCAGCACCUCAUUCAUGAACCAAGAGUGGUGAUUAAAAAUAUUUUCCUCUUUUCCUUCUGAAAACUGGUAAGCAAACUGCCAUUUUCUGUAAGUGAGUCAUCUGAACUGUGAAAUCAUACAGAUAUUUUGAUGGAACUGUGAUCAGUGAAUUUUCCUGCGAAGGGAUUCAUAGUCUUUCUUUUGUGUACAUAACUGAACUUUUUGGGACUGUGAACUCCAUAUAUGGAUAGAGUAUAACUUUUCACCUUUCAUUUCCUGGAUUUUUGAAUUGGAUCUUGGAUUUUUGAGCCGGAUUGAAGUGAACUUCAAAGUGUACUUUGUUUGAAAGGUUGAGUUAACUGUGAAACGUUUUGUUUAAGGUUACUUACAAUAAGUGACACUGAUUCUUACUUUCCUCAGAUUGAACUGUAACUGACACAAAUCUGUUGAUUUUUCAUCUCUAUUAUUUUCAACAUUUAUUUCACUUUGAUUUGUCUACACUUGAAAUUGUUUUGUAAACUUUGUGAAAACAAGGAAAACGUAAUCAUUUAAAAUCUUGCAGUACAAAUAAAUGUAAAAUUUGUUUGUUAACUGAAAACUGUUUAUGCUAAUUUUGAGUCACUUAUACUAAGGAGUGGGGGCGUCUUACCUAUCCUGUUAGAUUCAGGGGAGGGCGGGUUUUGCAGUUAACUUGGUUUACCUCCUGAGUUUUCUACAUACACACACUUCAGGUGGCUGCCGUGUAUUGAGUAAAUCCUGAAGCCCACCUCGCUGAUUCUUGAGCAUUACACAUUGCAACACGAUAGACACAACAUACAACUAGUCUAACAGUUGUACAAAGACUAAAAGCAUUGGGUGGGGGGACUAGGAUCCUGUUGCUCACUCAGUCAUCCUUAGUAUAGUGCUGAAUAUU